GCGGAGGGUGUCGAUGCGGAGUGCCAAAGGCAGAUUCACGAGCUGCAGCCAGGCUCUCGCAUCAUUUGGCUUGAUUGGAAACAGAACGUGACAAUGCCGAUUUGUCACGUCGAAACAGGUGAUGCUUCCUGGGCGCAGGCUCGCGCGGAGUGCUCGAUAUUGGGCAUCAUCGUCUACACCGGCAGAGCCAAUCAAAAACCUCUCAAGAAGUGCAUUCUCUACAUCUCCGACAUCAUUGAUCACACCGCUCUCGCGGCAGGUUUGCAGCUCGUCGACCCUGGUCGCACGUUGCAGGAUGACGAGGAACCGCACCAGACAGAGCAGCAAACAUGA